AUGGCUACUCCCUCAUCCAGACAGAACCCCGGCGCAACUCCCACGCAUCUAACUUCGUCGCCGCAUCCAUCAGCGGUUUCCAUGGGCCGCGGUCUGUCGCACAAAUCCCCCUCCAUCAAAACUCCGUCAGUGUCAGGUCCUGGUCAUGGCCACCAACUCAGUGCCUCCUCAUAUCAGGGCGCCACCCCAAUAGCCGCAACCGCGGGCCUAGAAGACCCUUUUUCAUUCAGCUCGCCUUCAGCUUUGCUUGCGUUGGGCAGUUUCACGGGAAUGAGCCCGGCGUUGAAUGUGCAGGAGGGUCUGGUUGGUUCUGGUAUGAAUGAUAAUGACAUCCAAGCGCUGGCGUUGGGCCUAGCCGGCGCGCGCAACCAUGAGGAAGAGCGGAGAAAAAAUAUCGAGGAGGUUGCGCAGCUACUACGGGAGAGGGUGUCUGGUAGAGGCGUGAGUCGAGAGGCUGUGGAGCGAUUAAGCCAGCUUGAAGGAUUUGAAUCGAUAUGGCAGGAGAAUAGUAUUAAUAUCGCGGGAAAUUCAGUGGAUCUUGAGAUUGACUUUUAUCCCGGUGAAGACAAUGUUAAGGAUGUCAACUUGAGUUAUGCUUCGUUCGAAGCGGAAGGAGAAGGCGAGAGGCGAGAGGAGGCUACGGCAGUCUUGAAGGCUGAUUUGAUACAGACACCAGAAGAUCGUGAGAACGGGAUCUGGAAGCCGCUGAAAGGGUUUCAUGGGAAUCUCGCGCGACUGGCAAAGCUGGACAAGCUUAGUCAAGAGGUCAAUUGCUUUGAGGCGGUGGAGGGUAUUUUUGAAAGUCUACAAAAGAUAUGGGAGGCAGAGGGGAAACGGGACCUCUAUCGUGAUAACUACGAGCAUUUAUGCCGGGGUUCGAUUGGCCGGCCCAGUUUGCAUAGGGGUGGCAGGGUCGGGAUGGGUGUUGAGUACUGGAUUGAAAAGCAUCGAGUACUACAUGCGAAACGAACGAAGGCAUCUCCGGACUCGAUGGCGGUUGACGGCCGAGAUGAAUGUAGAGAGAAUUCGAAAACUAGAAGCGUUACAAUUGAAUGUGAAGCUGGAUACCCUUCGUUACGGAUUUCAAAAGAAUGGGUUGGUGAUGAAGCAUUGACGGUCGACACAUCGUCGAAUGAAUCUUCUAAUUCUGAAACAACACUGAUAAAUUGGAUGGAGCCUCCACCUACUCUGCAUUCAUCGGCAAAUGGACUUGACGCUGGUAUGGCCGGAGAAGAUACACCUAAUCGGCGGUUUGUCGCUAAACUGGAGCCUCCUGUUCACGUUCCGAUUUUGACAGCCAACGAUAUUUAUCGCCUUCUUGGACUCCAGGUUCCUCAGGAGUAUCGGACGACGACAUAUGAUGGGUUACUUGUUGGGGGAAUAAAUGGAAAUUCCACGUCUUCAGACUCGUUGGGGUCGCCUCAAAGACGCAAGACGACUGUUUUAUCUUUCAAUGCCGAUAAGACGCCUGUUCAACAUCCUCACAGCUACUCCUUUCAAGCUUUUGAAGCAGCUCCAGGAAGAACGAUACGCGAAUUUCCAUUUGCGCACCCACGACAGCUGGCUGCUAUUUUUCCAAUACUUCGCCAAUAUGGGCUGCUCGAAACAUUGAUCCAACGGCUCUUCCCGGCAGCUAAGGAAAAUGAUCAGACAAAAUUGUCCAAUGGGAAAGAACCGAGCGCCAGCAACCAUAUCACAGUACUUAGCAACGACGAUCCAGAUGAGAAACUACUUGACCGUCUCCUUGCGUCGAGUGGAGAUAGCACGGUGUCAGAAGACGAUGCUCAGGAUGUCAAAGUAGACAUGACGCUACGCACUCAAGUAGCCCAGCCGCCGUUAAUCAUGCUACUCAUCACGAUUCCCAAGGCUCGACUGACCCGUUCCCAAACAGGGGCGCGCAAAGUAUCGAUUAAUUUUGAGAUCCGAUUGAACGGUCGUAUUCAUGUGACUGAUGUAUCUGGCCUGGGUGGAGAUAACACACCACAGCGCUCAAAGGCGCAGCAGAGACUCAGCGGCGUAUUAGAGACAGCGGAAGACCUGGGAGUGCUGGUCGAGUACGUGGUGGGCCUGGCAGCACAGCACUAG